GCGAAACUUAACAUAAAAAUACAGUCCAUUCCGCAUUAACUUGGUGGUCAGAGGCGCGCCCAACAAGAUAUUUUAUGCAAAUUGAGCCAUGCCGGAGCAUUUCCACCUGAACACUCCGCUGCUGGAGAGCACCAGCAUGUCCAAACUGGUUGGCACCAGCGUCUACCUGAAGAUGGAGAGCUCCCAGCCCUCCGGCUCCUUCAAGAUCCGUGGCAUCGGACACCUCUGCCAGCAGGUUGCCAGACAGUCUAAAGGAGUUGUCUGCUCUUCAGGUGGUAAUGCAGGUAUGGCUGCAGCCUAUGUGGCCAGGAAAAUGGGUUUGCCAGCCACCAUAGUCAUUCCCUCCUCUUCUCCUCCGCUGGUGGUCCAGAGACUUCAGGAUCAAGGAGCCACUGUCAAGAUAGCAGGCAAGGUAUGGGACGAUGCCAACGCAGAGGCUCUCAGACUGACAGAGACUGAAGGACUAACCUAUGUUCCCCCAUUUGACCACCCCCUGCUGUGGGAGGGCCAUGCCAGUGUGAUAACGGAGGUUGCGGCCUGCCUGGGCCCGUCUGUGAAGCCUGGAGCGGUGCUGGUGUCUGUGGGGGGAGGAGGGCUCCUCUGCGGGGUCGUCCAGGGCCUGAAGCAGGUGGGCUGGGCCGACGUACCCAUUGUUGCCAUGGAGACCGUGGGGGCCGACUGUUUCAAUGCCGCGUUGAAGGCGGGGAAGGUGGUCACCUUGGAUGACAUCACCAGUGAAGCUAAGUGCCUUGGAGCAAAGACAGUGUGCAGGAAAGCGUUUGAAUACAGCCAGUCCAGCGAUGUGACCAUCAUAUCUGAACUGGUCACUGACCAGCAAGCUUUCCAUGCCGUCCAGACAUUCCUAGAUGAGGAGCGUGUGCUGGUGGAGAUGGCGUGUGGAGCAGCACUAGCAGCCAUCUACAGUGGAGUGAUACGCAGACUGCAGGACGAAGGUCGUCUGCCAGCUCCCUUGGGCCCCCUGCUGGUGAUCGUGUGUGGUGGCAGCAGCAUCAACAUGGAACAGCUCACCAACCUUAGACACAAACUGUACACUUAAACAAGUGCACACACGUGUAAAUUCUAUAUUCUAUUUUAUAAGCAAUGGCCUUAUGGCUGAUUAAUUCAGUAAUAUUCUAUAAUACAUUUUAUUUAAGUGUUAUUCUGUCUCUUACUGAUUACUUACUAUUACUGCCCAACUCCAGUACUUACUCGCCUGCUCAGCUGCUAUACUUAUAUAAUUUUCAGUGUGUGCUUAAUACGUAAAAUUUUGGCCACCUUACUGUCUCUUUCUGCUUUACACAUUCUGUCUGUCUUUUUAAGGCUAAGGUCUUCUUUGCUACAAUCUGCGAGAAAAAAUUAGUACAUUUUCCACUGACUUUUGAUAAGUAGUUGGCAGUCAAAUUGCAUCUGGGAGGAGCCUGAUGCAUAAUUUACACUGCAUGAAUAUCAAAAAAAUGAUUAAUAACUUACCUGCUUAGUAGGGUAGCAGCAUACCUCUUAUUUAUAUACGUACAGACAACUUUACUUACCAUUCAUUACAGUAUAUAUAUAUAUAUAUAUAUAUAUAUAUAUUAGUAUACAUUAGUAUAAGCUUAUUUCCUUGCCUAAAUUUGAUUUGUCACUUCAAUACCUGCCCCAAACUACUUUUUCCCAUGUACACAAAUCUCUCUCUUUACUGAUUUAUACAACUACUUCUCUGUCUAUAUGCUAUAUUUCCUUUGCUUAGCCACUUAGUAACCAUCUUACAUUCCUUCUAACUGUGUAAUGUGGAUUUGCUGGCUGAAAACAGCUUUUCAAGAGCUACCUCUGAUCCCUCUGUCCCCAGUGAAUCACAGUCACUUUUCUCUCUGGCAUCUGCCCUGUGAAUUUUAAGUUGCUGCAGACAAUGUAUAAAUGAAAAUGUGAAAAUGCAAUAAAAUUUCUGAGAAGACUG